AAUAAUUGCAAAGCUGCUGAUAAGCCCCGCGCACUUGAACUGGGAACGCUGUAGAAGCAGCCGCCACUUCAGAAUUCGCCUGGCUUGUUACGGAAGCAGACGAAAAAUAGAGUUGUGUUUGUUUAAUGUGAUAGGUUGAUUGUUGCUGUUGAAUAUCAAAACAUAUCAAAGGAAAUAUGCCGCCAACUGCCGCAAAGCGUGAUCCAGAAGCCGAGACGCAGGCCCUAGACUGGAUCGAGACUGUCUCUGGUGAGAAGGUGGAUCGUUCUUUGGAGUUCCCGGAUAUGAUUAAAGAUGGCAUCGUGCUCUGUCGAAUGAUGAACAAGCUUACGCCCGGUUGCAUUAAGAAGAUCGACACCAAGGGUGGUGGUUUUGCGCUGAUGCAGAACAUCGAAAGGUUCAACAAGGCUGCUGAGGCGUACGGGGUUCCAAUUCGGGAACUGUUUCAGACCGUUGACCUUUGGGAGCGGAAAAAUAUCCCAGCGGUGACUUUGUGCAUUCACGCACUGGCCCGAAUUGCGCAGACGAAACCGGACUUUACUGGCCCAAUCCUUGGACCCAAAAUGGCGGAAGCACAAGACUUCAACUUUACCCCGGAACAACUCGCAGAAGCCAGGAAUACUGUUAACACGAUGCAGUACGGCUCCAACACAGGAGCGUCACAAGCUGGCAUGAACAUUGGCAAACAGAGGAUGAUUUACGAUUAGACAUGAACACCAGUUUGUUAUUUGUUAUUUUUCAUACGGUGCGCAUUUUGUUGCAUUGAUGAUUUUUUGGUGCGGUCGCCUGUUUCGAUAUCGUAAGACGAAAACAAACAAUCUUCAUGAAGUUUGAAAUUGUUUCAUCUUCCUUUCGAGUGCGACUAAGAAAAAAAAUCAACACUGCUAGAAAUGCGUUACCACAGAGCUGAAAUGUGUUUGGGAAAUAUGUUAUCUCGUGGAUAGUCUUGUAGUAUAUUCUGUCAACGAAAGCUUAAUUCAUAUACAUAAGCUGUUGAAAUUGUAAUUAUACGUAUACUGUUAUAUUAGGGUUAAAGCUAGGGUUUAUAAAGGACAGUGUGCUGCAGAAUAGGACCCUAGUGCAAAAGAAGAAAAGGAGCACAUUGUAUCGCGCUUUGAUGAACUUGAACAUUAUGAAUUUAACAUAAUAAGCAAGGAAUUGACUACCAAAUACGUAAAAUCAGCAAUGUAUCUUUAUUCAAUUUAGAAGUUUUUAUCAAAACAAAAGAAGUAUUUCAUUAUCUUAAGAAUUUAAAUCUAAGAAGUCAGACGGGUGCUCAUGCUGGUCCAAUGAGGACAGAUUGGUGCUUCCGAAAAGGACAAGGUGCAGCACACUGCCAACUCCUUAGAAAAAAACCUAUUUUAAUAUACCAACAUACUUUUGUGUUUAAAGUAUCAUGUACGCAUGUAUUGGCUUGCUGUGUAACAGUAUAGAAGAAUGUAACAGUAUAGAAGAAUGUUUAUAAUCGUAUUCACCGAUGAAUAAUCAUGUGACUCUGUUUGAUGUAAAACUAUCAUAAACCUUUUUCUCACACAGAGUCCGAAUAUGUCAAAGUCGAUUACAUAAUGUAACCGCGAGCUGUUACAACAAACAUACCUUUAAAUAAUUGGUUAACUCUUGUAAUGUUUUCGUAAUGUAAUUCUGAUGAAAAGUUAUUUUACAUUUGUUUUGUUUGUCUUUAUAACAUGUAUGCGUUAUUUAGAUUAUUUUAUUUUAUACUUGUGUAUGUCACUUAUCUAUGCAAUAAAUUAGAAUAGAGAAAA